GGGGAGACCUAGGCGGCUCUGCGGACGCAGCUCCUUUGCCGCCUUCCCCCUCCCGUCCAGUGCCCAGGCGGCUCCUGGUGGCGACGCUGCCCUGGGUGGGAGGCGCGGCCCGGCGGCAGCUGAGCCCUCGGCGCGGCACAGCCAGCUCUCCCGCCCGCGCGGCGCCGUGACAGGUGCAGGGUCUCCGCCCGAGACCCACCUGCAGGGGCUGUCGAGAUGCCUACCAUGCGGAGGACCGUGUCGGAGAUCCGCUCGCGCGCGGAAGGGUAUGAGAAGACAGAUGAUGUUUCAGAGAAGACCUCGCUGGCUGAUCAGGAGGAAGUGAGAACCAUAUUCAUCAACCAGCCACAGCUAACAAAAUUCUGCAACAACCACGUCAGUACUGCAAAAUACAACGUGAUCACCUUCCUUCCGAGGUUCCUCUAUUCUCAGUUCAGAAGAGCGGCUAACUCGUUCUUUCUCUUUAUUGCCUUGCUCCAGCAAAUUCCCGACGUGUCACCGACCGGUCGCUACACGACACUGGUUCCUCUCUUAUUUAUUUUAGCUGUGGCAGCUAUCAAAGAGAUAAUAGAAGAUAUUAAACGACACAAGGCUGAUAAUGCUGUGAACAAGAAACAGACACAAGUUUUGAGAAAUGGUGCAUGGGAAAUUGUUCACUGGGAAAAGGUGGCAGUGGGGGAGAUAGUGAAGGUGACCAAUGGGGAACACCUCCCGGCAGAUCUCCUGAGUCUGUCCUCAAGUGAGCCCCAGGCCAUGUGCUACAUCGAGACAUCCAACUUAGAUGGUGAAACAAACUUGAAAAUUCGACAAGGCUUACCGGCAACGUCGGAUAUCAAAGACAUUGACAGUUUGAUGAGAAUUUCUGGCAGAAUCGAGUGUGAAAGUCCAAACCGACAUCUCUAUGAUUUUGUUGGGAACAUAAGGCUUGACGGACAUGGCACCAUUCCCCUGGGGGCAGACCAGAUCCUUCUCCGAGGAGCUCAGUUAAGAAAUACCCAGUGGGUUCAUGGGAUAGUUGUCUACACCGGCCACGACACCAAGCUGAUGCAGAAUUCCACAAGUCCACCACUUAAACUCUCCAAUGUGGAACGGAUUACAAAUGUACAAAUUCUGAUUUUAUUUUGCAUCUUAAUUGCCAUGUCUCUUGUGUGUUCUGUGGGCUCAGCCAUUUGGAAUCGAAGGCAUUCCGGGAAAGACUGGUACCUCCAUCUACACUAUGGUGGCGCUAGUAAUUUUGGACUGAACUUCCUGACUUUCAUUAUCCUUUUCAACAACCUCAUUCCCAUCAGCUUGCUGGUCACAUUAGAAGUGGUGAAGUUUACCCAGGCAUACUUCAUAAAUUGGGAUCUUGACAUGCAUUAUGAGCCCACAGACACAGCAGCAAUGGCUCGGACAUCUAAUCUGAAUGAGGAACUUGGCCAGGUUAAAUACAUAUUUUCUGACAAAACUGGGACCCUGACAUGCAAUGUGAUGCAGUUCAAGAAGUGCACCAUCGCGGGCGUGGCCUAUGGCCAUGUCCCCGAACCUGAGGAUUAUGGGUGCUCGCCCGAUGAAUGGCAGAGCUCACAGUUUGGAGAUGAAAGAACCUUUAAUGACCCGUCGUUGCUGGACAAUCUCCAGAAUAACCAUCCAACCGCACCUACCAUCUGUGAAUUUCUCACAAUGAUGGCCGUCUGCCACACAGCUGUACCGGAGAGAGAAGGGGACAAGAUCAUUUAUCAGGCAGCAUCGCCAGAUGAAGGAGCACUGGUCAGAGCCGCCAAGCAGUUGAAUUUUGUCUUCACUGGAAGAACUCCUGACUCCGUCAUCAUAGAUUCACUGGGGCAGGAAGAAAGAUAUGAAUUGCUCAAUGUCCUAGAGUUCACCAGCGCUAGGAAGAGGAUGUCAGUGGUGGUUCGCACUCCAUCCGGGAAGUUACGGCUGUACUGCAAAGGAGCUGACACAGUAAUUUAUGAACGACUUGCCGAGACUUCAAAGUACAAAGAAAUCACCCUAAAACACUUGGAACAGUUUGCUACGGAAGGGCUGAGGACUUUGUGUUUUGCUGUGGCUGAGAUUUCUGAGAGCGACUUUGAGGAGUGGCGGGCCGUCUACCACCGCGCAUCCACGUCGGUACAGAACAGGCUGCUGAAGCUGGAGGAGAGCUACGAGCUGAUCGAAAAGAAUCUUCAGCUACUUGGAGCUACAGCCAUUGAGGACAAAUUGCAGGACCAAGUGCCUGAAACCAUAGAAACGCUAAUGAAGGCUGACAUCAAAAUAUGGAUCCUUACCGGGGACAAGCAAGAAACGGCCAUCAAUAUUGGACACUCCUGUCGACUUCUGAAGAGGAACAUGGGAAUGAUCGUUAUAAACGAAGGCUCUCUUGACGGCACGAGGGAAACUCUCAGCCGCCACUGCACCACCCUGGGAGAUGCUCUUCGAAAGGAAAAUGACUUUGCUCUUAUAAUUGAUGGGAAGACCCUCAAAUAUGCCUUAACCUUCGGCGUCCGGCAGUAUUUCCUGGACUUAGCUCUGUCCUGCAAAGCUGUCAUUUGCUGCAGGGUUUCUCCUCUUCAGAAGUCUGAGGUUGUCGAGAUGGUUAAAAAACAAGUCAAAGUCAUCACGCUUGCCAUCGGAGAUGGAGCAAAUGACGUCAGCAUGAUCCAGACGGCCCACGUGGGUGUUGGGAUAAGCGGCAAUGAAGGUUUGCAGGCAGCCAACUCUUCAGAUUACUCCAUCGCUCAGUUCAAAUAUUUGAAGAAUUUAUUGAUGGUUCAUGGUGCCUGGAAUUACAAUAGAGUCUCCAAGUGUAUCCUGUACUGCUUCUACAAGAACAUCGUGCUCUACAUCAUCGAGAUCUGGUUUGCCUUUGUCAACGGCUUUUCUGGACAGAUCCUCUUUGAAAGAUGGUGUAUAGGGCUUUAUAAUGUGAUGUUCACAGCGAUGCCUCCCUUGACGCUUGGGAUAUUUGAGAGGUCUUGCAGAAAGGAGAACAUGUUGAAGUAUCCUGAGUUGUACAAAACGUCCCAGAAUGCUCUCGACUUCAAUACCAAGGUUUUCUGGGUUCAUUGUUUGAAUGGCCUCUUCCACUCUGUUAUUCUGUUUUGGUUCCCACUGAAAGCCCUUCAGUAUGGCACGGUAUUUGGAAAUGGGAAAACCUCGGAUUACCUGCUUCUGGGAAACUUUGUUUAUACUUUUGUAGUGAUAACUGUGUGCUUGAAAGCUGGACUGGAAACCUCCUAUUGGACAUGGUUCAGCCACAUCGCCAUCUGGGGCAGUAUUGCGCUCUGGGUGGUGUUCUUCGGGAUCUACUCAUCUCUGUGGCCUGCGGUUCCCAUGGCCCCUGACAUGUCUGGAGAGGCAGCUAUGCUCUUCAGCUCUGGAGUCUUCUGGGUGGGUUUGCUCUCCAUCCCUGUGGCGUCCUUGCUUCUGGAUGUGCUGUACAAAGUCAUCAAGAGGACGGCCUUUAAAACCUUAGUGGAUGAAGUUCAGGAGCUUGAGGCGAAGUCUCAAGACCCGGGUGCAGUCGUUCUUGGGAAAAGCCUCACAGAGAGGGCACAGCUGCUCAAGAAUGUCUUUAAGAAGAACCACGUGAAUCUGUACCGCUCCGAGUCCCUGCAACAGAACCUGCUCCAUGGCUAUGCUUUCUCUCAAGAUGAAAACGGCAUCGUCUCACAGUCUGAAGUCAUCAGAGCCUAUGAUACCACGAAACAGAGGCCUGAUGAGUGGUGAUUGGUAGGCCUAAGCCACCGGCCCCCCCGCCGUAUCUCUGAGGAGAGCCAUCACAGUCUAAGGUCAUCACUGCAACCUGCUGACCAAUUCCAGUCUGGUCCAUGGGGAGAAAAAGUGGAUCUGAGCUCAUCUCACAGAUGAAUUUCAAGGACAUAGCGCUAUGUGACUACUGUAAUACCAUUGUCCUUGGAUAUCCUCAAGUACCUGCUAAGGCUUUGUAAACCGAUAUUGGAAAUUACCUUGUAUCUUGCCAGAGUGCUUUCUCAAAAUGGGGACAGGUCAGUGUUCACAAGCCGUCCCUCUGGGGCUGUAACUAUUGUUCAUUGCCUCAACCACCAGUUAGUCAACCAUUUAAAAGAAACAACAACUCAGAAAUGAUGUUAAGGGGAGGACUCUCUAUAUCCAGACUAUCGGGAUAUACUGAAAUAAGACAGCUCACACUACUGAGCACUUCUAAACAAGGCAUUAGUACGUGUUUGUGUCAAAGAGUGUCUUGCUAAGUGUUUGCCAAAGACGUUCAGUGUGUGUGUUUCUCAUUCAGUAGUCAUCUGCCCAGAAAUCUAAAAGAAAGUUUUUUUUCAUGGUACCUCCGUACCAUCUGCAUGCUUGACUUUUCAAACAUGAGCGUGACUUAAAAUUUUGAGCAUUUCCAGGCGUUUGCUACUAAAAUCUGUGAUGUCGCACCUUCGGCCUUACAACUGCUUCUCUGUCGUUUGUCUUCUUUUAUUUGUUCCAGUCGGAGGGAUGUGUGUCUGUGUGACUGUCGUUAUGACGCUGACUCUUUUUUCUAUUUUAAUUGUACUGUUUGUCAUUUCUGAUGAAUUUUAGACUCCUUUAGAUGUUCCUUUAAAAAAAAAAAUCUGGCUUCUGCUGUGUAUUGAGUGACUACGCCGCUGCGUCUUCAGUUUUUCCCCUCCUAAGGAAAUUACCCUUACAUAUUUAUGUGGGAUUUCCAAAGACCUUUGGGAUAAUCUGUGAGAUAGUGCAUGGGCUUUUUGUCAUGUACAUAGGCUCAGCUUUUGUCCCGUGCUGUUUGUUCUUCACUGUGCGCUCCCACUGGCGAUGAUAUGUGUAGCACAGUUGGUCUCAUGGCGACUACCCGUAUGCUUAAGCCUGAAAAUUAUUUCACAGUUCACUCAGCCGACAACUCCCAAACUGAGUCACAACACUGCUUAUCGACACGAGAGAGAUAAGUGGCACAAUUCCCUCAUUUUAAGGAAAUAACCUAUUUUACUCUGACCUAACGCCUCACAGUCAAUGACUACUUACCAUAAGUAGGGUUCACUGAUAGGUUUUUUUCGAAUAUGUGUUCUCUGAUUAGUUCGCCAUCUCCAUGAAUUCUCCUGAAAAAAAAAAAAAAAAAGCCUAUUUUGCUACCAACAGUAAAUGGUGAAGGGGCUGUUUAAAAACCACACCCAGUUUUCUACAGUUUUUAUGGUAUUUUUUUCAUCUUAAAAGAUAAAAAAAAAAAAAAAAGGGAGUUCUAGUUUUCAGAUACACUUCAGAGAUGGAAACAACAAACUCUUCUGCCUUCCAUUCAAAAGCCUGUCUGCCUUUUUGUGGAUUACCAGCAAAAUAGACCUUUAAAUGUGUGCAAGGACUAGCUUUGAGAAGGGGGUUUUCUCCAUAUUAUCCCAUUAAAUCAUUUCAUUGUCACCCCCCCGCCCCCCGCUUUCUUGGUCUGAAUUUAAAAUUAGACUGUGUGUCUUCCUUCUCUAAAGCUGUAGCUAGAUUCCAGCGUGUCUCCACAUUCCCUGCAAAGAAAAGGGGGUUCUAAAAAUUCACGUCAUUGGAAAGGGGGCAGAGUGGACACACUUCACAUCUCAAAGGAUCCCGUUUGGAGCUUAGAUCAGCCGACAGGAGAAUCCAAGCAUCUAGCAGAGCCACACCCAUAGAAUCUAAGCUGACCUUCCAGAUGCAGGCUUAGCUGUCCACCAGCUGAAUCUGGAGAGUGGGUUCUCCUCAGCCUCCUAGGGGUAACCAUUGAGGUCAUACCCCCCCCCCAAAAUGACUGGCUAUCCAAGAAAGGCUUGCUUCCCUUGGUCCAGCUAUCAGAGGUAUCUGUCUCCAGAUUCCUCACAUCAGAACAUUGUCAAGGAGAAUGGAAUCUUCUGACCUAUGCCUGGAAAUCUAAAGUCAUCUUUUUAUCCUGAUUCAUAAAUUCUUCUGAUGGAACUCUUCCAUGUGAGCAUACUCAGUUACACAACAUACCCUGAAAACGAGACUCUAUGCCUUUUGUCCCUGGAUCCUGUGUUUAAAUGACAGGCGUUAAUUUGGUCUCUCUGUUCUUAAGUUGGGGAGAGCACAGGGAGUGGCCAUUUGGGUAAAACUUGAAAUAGAGACUUGCUAUUGCAGUGAGUUUACAGAAACUUAAUCCUCUCGAGUUUCUAGCCUUUGUCAGCUGGGUAAAGGGCACAUGGUUUUGCCAUGGAUUUGAAUGGGUGCAGUCAAAGUGACUUUAAGCCUAUGUUUUCUGAAAUAAACAACACAGAACUCCAAUUUAAAAGUCCCCUAUAGGGGACUCUGGUAAAUGCUGACAUGACUGCUUUGUAACGUUUACAAUCCAGAAAAUCCUCAUUCCUUUAGCGUUGAAAAGCUGGGAGGUGAAUCAUUGAUGUUAGGUUGGGAUUUCACACAGUAGUGGAGGGCAUAGACUUUCUGUGUGUUAGAUAUACACCUAACAAUUCACUGCUGUCUCACACCUAAAAGAUGCUCUAUUAGCAUUAAGUGAAGGUACUAGCAGGAAACCAGUGUUCUCGGGAACAUGGUAAAUGUGCCUCUUGGCUGGUACUCCACUCAGUGCUCCCUGGGCGACAGCAGCAGAACUUGCUGGAUUGCUCUCUCACACCCUGGCAGGUGAAGGGGUACUGCCAAAUAAGGGAGCCACGGACUAUGUUGUCAUUAAAGAGAGUCCAUGAGUCAUUGUCCUUUCCAUCAGGCAAAGUGGAUUCUGUAAAUAAUCAGCGUGUUGUCUCAGCAUUUGAUGAUCUAUUUUAAUUUUUCAGUUCAGUAUCCCAGAUAGCUGGUGUGACGUUCACAAUAGGUUAGUCUGUUCUAUACUCAGUGCCACACUCAUAACCUGUGAUUGAAAGCUGCCCUUUCAGAAAACGAAUGCUAGUGAGAAGGCAAUGGGUGGAGUCCUUUCUUUUCUUUCUUUCUUUCUUUCUUUCUUUCUUUCUUUCUUUCUUUCUUUCUUUCUUUCUUUCUUUCUU